ACCGUUUGGGGGUGGUGGGAAGGACCGGUAUAUAACCUAGGGUUUCAUUCUUUUAGACUGUUAAGUUCCAUACAGUGAGAUUCUAUCUACAGAGAUGACUUCAAUUGGAGCCGUAACUAAGGUUUUCACACAAUCUGUUACGAAGGGUUCUUCAAUCCGCCCUUCAAUUCAUCUUCCUUCUUCUUCAAUUUCAUUUCCAAAUUCGAACAAAUUGAGUACCAAUUUAUCGGUUUCGGAAGGGAAAAGUCGUUCGGCAUUUGUACAAACAGCUGCUGUGCGUCAUUUAGUCGGGUCUCUUACUAAAUGUGAAGGACUUCGUUUUGCUGUGGUUGUGGCGAGAUUUAAUGAAGUUGUGACAAGGUUGUUGUUGGAUGGAGCUUUGGAUACUUUCAAGAGAUACGGUGUUGGAGAGGGAGAUAUUGAUGUUGUCUGGGUUCCUGGCAGCUUUGAAAUUCCUCUGGUUGCUGAAAGACUUGGGAAACUGAAAAAAUACGAUGCAAUUUUAUGUAUUGGAGCUGUGGUAAGGGGUGAUACUACCCACUAUGACGCGGUUGCUAAUUCUGCUGCUGGGGGAGUACUUUCUGCUGGAUUGAACUCAGGGGUUCCAUGUAUAUUUGGUGUUCUGACAACUGAGAACAUGGAUCAGGCAUUAAAUCGAGCUGGUGGUAAGUCUGGAAAUAAAGGAUCUGAGACUGCACUGACUGCAAUUGAGAUGGCAUCAUUGUUCAAGCACGACUUAAAGCUAAAGCACUAGGGGGUUUAUCUUAGCUAAGGUAUCAAGCACCAAGACUGCAUAUCUGCUAAACUCACAUCAGCAGGAAUCAUAUCCAAGAACCAUGUGACCUUUUCCUUUCCAUUGGUGACAACUUUUUCUUUUUCUUUUACUGACGGCAACACAUUCAUGUCAUGUUCAAUGUCCAUAUGAAGUGAGAGAAGUUUUGCUGGUGCCUGCAGUACCUUUUACCGUUCACUUUAUCCAGUUCGAAUGUAGAAUAAUUUCAAAUAAAGUUUUAAAUGACUGAUUCUUAUUUUUGGUA